AUGGAGCAGCAGGCAGUUCAGCUGGACCCAGAAACUUUCUCCUGUUCCAUCUGUCUGGAUCUACUGAAGGAUCCAGUGGCUAUUCCCUGUGGACACAGCUACUGUAUGAACUGUAUUACAAACUUCUGGGAUGGAGGUGAGAAGAACAAAAGCUACAAUUGUCCUCAGUGCAGGAAAACCUUCACACAGAGGCCUGACCUGCAGAAAAACACCAUACUAGCAACUUUAGUGGAGCAGCUGAAGAAAACUGGACUCCAAGCUGCUCCUGCUGAUCACCGCUAUGCUGGACCUGAAGAUGUGGCCUGUGAUUUCUGCACUGGAAGAAAACUGAAAGCCAUCAAGUCCUGUUUGGUCUGUCUGGCCUCUUAUUGUGAGAAACACCUUCAGCCUCAUUACGAUUCAGCUCCUUUGAAGAAACACAAGCUGGUGGAGCCGUCCAAGAACAUCCAGGAGAACAUCUGCUCUCGCCAUAACACAGUCUCAGCUGCAGCAGAAAGUACUGAGAGGCAGAGAGAGCUGGAGGAGAGACGAGGAAACAUCCAGCAUAUGAUCCAGAACCAGGAGAAAGAUGUGAAGCUGCUUCAACAGGAAGUGGAGGCCAUCAAUCGCUCUGCUGAUAAAGCAGUGGAGGACAGUGAGAAGAUCUUCACUGAGCUGAUCCGUCUCCUCCACAAAAGAAGCUCUGAUGUGAAGCAGCAGAUCAGAUCCCAGCAGGAAACUGAAGUGAGUCGAGUCAAAGAUGUUCAGGAGAAGCUGGAGCAGGAGAUCACUGAGCUGAAGAGGAAAGACGCUGAGCUGGAGCAGCUCUCACACACAGAGGAUCACAUCAAGUUUCUCCUCAACUACCCCUCACUGCCAGCACUCAGUGAGUCUACACACUCAUACAGCAUCAACAUCCGUCCUCUGAGACACUUUGAGGACGUGACAGCAGCUGUGUCAGAGCUCAGAGAUAAACUACAGGACUUCCUGAGAGACUCAUGGACAAACAUCUCACUGAUGGUCACUGAGGUGGAUGUUCUACUGUCAGAACCAGAACCAGAACCAAAGAGCAGAGCUGGAUUCUUAAGAUAUUCAUGUGAAAUCACUCUGGAUCCAAACACAGCAAACACACAGCUGGUACUAUCAGAGGGGAACAGGAAGGUGAGAUGGAUUAACCAACCUCAGUCUUAUUCUAGUCAUCCAGACAGAUUCAUUGAUCGGCUUCAGGUUCUGAGUAGAGAGAGUCUGACUGGACGUUGUUACUGGGAGGUGGAACGGAGCGGGUCAAAUGUUUUUGUAGCAGUCGCUUACAAGAAUAUCAGUAGAAAAGGUCAGAGAGAAUGUUUUUUUGGAUAUAAUGACAAAUCUUGGUCAUUAAAUUGUUUCAAUUCUAUAUUUGGUCACAACAACAUCUGGACCUCUGUCUCAGGUCCAGUUUCCUCCAGAGUCGGAGUGUACCUGGAUCACAGGGCAGGUAUUCUGUCCUUCUACAGCGUCUCUGAAACCAUGACUCUCCUCCACAGAGUCCAGACCAGAUUCACUCAGCCGCUGCUGGCUGGAGUUUGGGUUGGAAGUUCUGCAGAGUUCUGUAAACCCAAAUAGAUUUUCUCUCUCUGAUUGUUGAUCAUGAUUUAUGGCUCUGAUGUUCUGUUUUUCUAGAUAAAAUGUUUUUUUCUGAGUUCCAGGAGCCAUAAAGGAAAUCACUGCUGAUGUUUUCUUUCAUCCUUUUAUGACACAGAAAUAUUUCUCCACAUUUAAAUCUAAUCUUUUCUCUGGUCUAUUUUUUUUCUUUCACAUUUAUAUUCACAUAUUUGCAUGUUCUUGUUUAAAUAAGUUCAAAUUGUUGUGAACUAAUCUUGCUGAUGUUUGUUUAUUGUGAUCCAAAAAAGAAACUGAAACUACCAUAAAGUUAAAACAGAUUAUAUUUACUUUUAAAUACCUUAUAUUGAGAUCAGAAAAAUUUAUGUCUGCUGUUCUGUAUGUUUAACUUUCUUCAAUAAAAUAAAUUAUUACAAAGAAAUUUGCAAAGUUUCCCUUCAUUAUAAUAAUAAGUUGUGAGUUUUCUCAUCUGAAUUGCCAAAACAUUUCCUUCAAAGUGUCUCAUGAUCUCCUGGUUUAGAUCAGAUGUUUGGUUUCUCCUUCAUUCAUCAAGAACACUCUGCUUCCUCCACUGCAGAGAGAUUACAGAAAGAAAGCUGAGCUGGAGAUCCUGGUAGCAGGAAUGAAGACGAGGUUGAAGCUCCUCCACUGGCAGUUUGUUGAACAUUGAGCUUUAAACCUGUCAGAAACCAUGGAGACAUGUCAUAAAACACAGGAGAGCUGCUCAGAUGUUCAACCUUCAAAUAAAUGAACAUGAAAUGUAGAAAUAGACGUCUGACAGAAACGUUUCCAUUCCGGCUUUAUUUACA